UUGAAUGGAUGGAUAGAUAGACCUAACUCACAUCUAUCGAAAUUCAGCAAAGAUAAUAAGAAUAAAAAAUAAUGCGUCACAUUUGUUACAUUCACACAUAUAUAUAUAGAGCUAAAACUGAAAUCUACUAAACAAUCGUUAUACACUCGCAAGGCGUUAUAUUGAUGGACUACAUUUACGUUACCUUUUAGAGUAGCAUUACUGCAACUUUGAAUCGUAAUAUUUUUUUGUUUUAAUUGUCAAUAAUUUUCAUAUUUAAUAAAAACUUAUACAAGGCAUCGGUUCGUGAAUAAAUACCAAUUGAUAUAACAAACUCAUGAAAAACGAUGGAAUAAACUUACAAUGUAACCAUAGCAAAAAGAAAAAAAAAAGAAAAAUCGCGACAAAACCAAAGAAUUUAUAUAGUGCUUACGUGUCACACAAAAUACCAAAAAGAAUAAAAAAAAUAAUACAAAAACCAAACGAAAAUAUAGGAAUCACAGAAUGUUUGAUAUACCGCCGAAGUGUCCGGCAUUAAGCAAUAAAUUGAGUAACAUAUUCGGUUGGCGUCAUACUUACAAAGUGUCAGCUAAACAUGAGGGCAUCACCCAUGCUUAUCUGCAAAAGUCCUAUUCUCUGACGCUGCCGAAACGGCCACCUACGCCGCCGCAAAUGCCAUUUGCUUGUAUUAAGGAUCCCGAUGCUUGGGUGUCGGUUCAUCAUUUGCAAACACAAUGCGGUAUUAUAGACCCAGAUGAUUGUGUUCGCGACGUAGCCGAUGAUCGUGAGUACAUACAUGCAAGUUUCGAAGACUCGGGUCCGGAUCCAGGUGUACCUCAGGGUGGUGGUGACGGUGCAUCAGGUAGUUCAUCGGUUGGCACCGGAUCUCCCGAUAUAUUUCGUGAUCCCACUAAUGCUGUAGCGCCUACAAAUGGAGCGCGCAAUGACAAUGCAACACCUCAUAUUGAGGUUACGAACACAACUAUCUGCCCCGUGAAAGGCUUAGGCUUACAAGUGAGACGAAGCAGUGAUCCAAAUCUAUUGGCCACACUGAAGGCAGCAGAAAGCAAUGCCAAUAAACGUUGGUCUGCGGCGGCUCCCCAUUGUGGCGAUUCUCCGGAACGCUUGGCAAUAGAAAAAAGCGGUUAUCUGUUACCGCAAUGGGAAGAAGAAGAUGACGGAAAUCAACAGCAACAGUCUGGCACUCUACAACAGCCAUUUGCUCGUUCUGGUCGUUUGUCAAUGCAGUUCUUAGGUGACGGCAAUGGUUACAAAUGGAUGGAGGCAGCUGAAAAAUUGCAGCACCAACAACAACAACAACAAGUUUUGUCCCCUACUCAAACGCAGUUGUCUACUUCCCAUAACCAUAGCCAGCAGCAACAGUUCUUUACAAGUAAAUCUCUGCCUCGCGAAAGCAUGCGUAAAGAGCCACUUGGCCAGGCUUACGAAUCCAUACGUGAAAAAGACGGGGAAAUGUUAUUGUUAAUCAACGAACAUGGUAGCCCCUUAGGGUUAACUGCCAUACCCGACAAUGAUCACGGCGGCGGUCUUUUAGUACAGCAUGUGGAAUCCGGCAGUCGUGCCGAGCGGGGCCGUUUGCGCAAGGGAGAUCGUAUUUUAGAAAUAAAUGGCACAAAACUUAUGGGACUUACCGAGAAUAAAGUACAAGAAUACCUAAGACGUGCCCUAGAAGCAUCGGAAUUGCGUGUUAGAGUAAUAAGAGCUGAUGGUCCGGCUAAUAAAUCCCGCAGACGCGACUCCAAAGUAGCUGAGAUGAUAGAAGCCGAAGAGAAAAUGGCCUCUGGUUUGGAGUCGAAAGUAGCCACCGUAUCGCCAACGCGUAAACCUCAUACCGCGCCUGCUGGAGCAUCUUUGCAAGUAGCUAACACACGCAAAUUGGGACGAAAAAUUGAAAUCAUUUUAAAAAAAGGUCCAAACGGAUUGGGAUUUUCGGUUACCACUCGUGAUAAUCCUGCGGGCGGUCAUUGUCCUAUAUACAUCAAAAACAUAUUGCCUCGUGGCGCAGCCAUAGAAGAUGGACGCUUGAAACCCGGAGAUCGAUUAUUAGAAGUUGAUGGUGUUCCCAUGACCGGUAAAACUCAAACAGAUGUCGUGUCCAUAUUAAGAGCCACACAACCGGGGGCUACGGUUCGUUUGGUAGUAUCAAGACAACAAGAAUUGGCUGAGCAAGACGAACGUGAAAUCAAUUUUGAAAACAAAGAAAAUGAAUUUGACUCGCCACCAAAGCCACCACCACCUAUACUGCCAGCAUCUUUGCAAAAACAACAACAGCGCCAAAAGCAGCAACUCUCAUCACAUGAAAUUAAAAAAUCAAACAGUGCUCGAUCAUUAUUUGACCAGCAUCAGCAGCAACAGCAAAAUCAACUCAACGAAUCUCAACAUUUCAUUGAUGCGGGCAGUGAAUCGGCAGCUUCAAGUGAUAGCCUCCAAGCCGGCAUAGCUUGGCGUUCCCGUGAAAUGCUGACUCUUCAUAUUCCGGUGCAUGACACUGAAAAGGCAGGUCUCGGUGUGAGUGUGAAAGGUAAAACCACCUCCACAAACAAUGGCUCCUCUAACGCUGGUAGUGCAAUGAAACAUGACGGUGACUUAGGUAUAUUUGUGAAGAAUGUCAUACAUGGUGGCGCUGCUUCACGUGAUGGUCGCUUACGUAUGAAUGAUCAAUUGAUUAGCGUUAACGGCGUAUCAUUGCUGGGUCAAAGUAAUGCCGAAGCCAUGGAUACUUUAAAACGUGCCAUUGUCAAUAAUCCAGGCAAACAUCCUGGAAUGAUAACACUGCAGGUUGCACGUAAAAUAGCACGCUCAGCUAGUUCGGGAGAUAUUCUAGAUCAAAGCAAUGAAAGCUCAAAUACUAGCGAAAAUAGCGGAGCAACUGUCAUCUAUCUAAGCCCCGAAAAACGCACAGAAGCAAAAUGCAAUAGCCACAGCGCUGCAAAUGAAAUGAAUCGGUGGAGCAACCCCGUAUUAGAUCGUCUAACCGGAGGCGUUUGCUCCGGCAAUUCAUCGCAAAAACAUCGUGCCAAUGUAAAUGCAGUAUUUAGUGCUGGUCCGCAUACUCUGCGUAAUGAAAGUUAUUAUAUGGCCACGAACGAUACGUGGUCACCAGCCUUGCUUCAUGGUAGUGGCCCCCACCAUAACGGUCAUGUCAACAAUUCAGUAUUAAUUGAAGACGAUCCUGAACCCACGUCUCCAACUCUACCCCAUCUUCCCAAUGAUUCCAGCCUUACAAAUAACUCUACAAUAAAUAAUUCUGUCUCUAGUGGCCCCGCUGGUAAUUCGAGUCACAAUUUUGAUGCCACCUAUUCUUCUCAGCUUAGCCUGGAAACUAAUAAUUCUGGUGUAGAGCAUUUUAGUCGUGAUGCUUUAGGACGACGCUCAAUAUCCGAAAAGCAUCAUGCGGCUUUAGAUGCGCGUGAGACGGGCACUUAUCAACGCAAUAAAAGGUUGCGAGAAGAACGUGAACGUGAGAGACGUUUACAGUUAACUAAAUCAGCAGUAUUUAGUGGUUCAAUGGAAUCACUUACAGCCCGUAUAGCACAGGCAAAUGCUCAAAUCCCAGGUUAUAAACAUAGCAAAACUGCUUCCGGCAUCGAGCAACAACAGUUGUUACAAGCUGAGGCGCAGGAUCAGGUAGGCGAUCUGGGGCCGUCCUUGGGCUUAAAGAAAUCCUCUUCAUUGGAAUCGUUACAAACAAUGGUUCAAGAAAUACAAAUGUCAGAAGAGCCCCGCGGUGGACCGACAACACUCAGGGCUCCGCGCGGCAGAGGAAGGGAGGAAAGUUUAAGAGCUGCCGUAUCCAGUGAUCAUGACGUAAAUAAAGCUCGCAAGCAUUGGCUCUUAGAAGACGGUGAUCCCCAUGAAGGUGGUUUCUCACAGCGCAAUGGUCCCUUUCAAAGCUCAUUAAAUGACGGAAAAAGUAAGACACGUUCAAAAAAGCCAGGCAUUUUACGAGGCAUCGGCUCUAUGUUCCGUUUUGGUAAAAAUCGCAAAGAUGGUGUAGCGCCCCUGGAGAAUAAUCAACAACAUCAGCUGCACCAUUAUAAUCAUCUACCGCCGCCGCCCACAAAUAACGCAUACAAUGAACGAAUACCUGCCAAUAAUCAAAUACCUGCCGCUGCGUUGGCUGCUAUGGAACGUAAUGCUAAAUUACCUCCUCCCGCCUAUCAACCGCCUCCCCCUUUACCACCAGCAAAUCACAGCGGCCCUGGUGGCUCGAUUAAUCUUAAUGAUCAUAAUCCCGCCACUGCAGGUGGUAUACAUCAAAAUGAUUUAUUUAAUCAUCGCUAUCAACAUUAUUCCAAUUAUGAAGAACUACACAAUCAUCAUCAACAGCAAAUUAGUAACGAUGAUAAGACUUCACAGACUGAAGUUUUAUCGGAAUCAACAUUAGAAAGUAUGCGACAACAGGUGCUCAGGCAACGUCAAAAAGUCGAAACUGAAAGGUAACUUUAAAAAUCACUACAUAUCUUGUUAACUUGAGUAAAACUAUAUUUUUAAUUGCUUUGCUUUUAUAAUAAAUUAAAACAAUCGUUUGGUAAAUCGUUUGGUUGCAUUAGUAAAUUUAUUUGCUUUUUUUCAAUUAUCGUAAUGCCUAUUGCUUAAAGUAUAUUUAGUUUCAGAUUUCCAAUGCGAAAUAGUUAACAAGUAGUCUAUGAAAUACUUAAGCGGAUCUUGCUCUAUAAUCUUCCCUAGUUAAUGCUUACAAAAAAAAAAAAAAUUAAUAAAUAAAUAAAUAAAAAAAAUUUUUACUGAAAAUGGGGUUUUCUAGGGAUUAGACUUUAGAGAAAUUUCUAAAGAGCUUUCCAUAUUAACAUAUAUGACGGCGCUCAAUCCUUCGGCUUGAACUAAUAAUAAAAAUCAUCAUUAAUUUAAAUUGCAAUUCAUAUCAAAUGAAUACUAUAUGGUUUUUUGAGUGAAGAUCUACCACCUCAUCGUAUUUUGUUUUCAAUCAUUUUUCCAUUUACAAUGCUUUCCUGCUAAAAUCUUAAUAUGAGAGACAAGAAAGAGACUCGGCCGAAAUCGCCAUUAGCUGAAAGGACCUUCCAUAACCAUUGCAGAAAACAUGAUAGUAAAUAGCGUAUUAAUGCCUCUGCUAUGAAUCGCGCAACAAAUUGUAUAACUCUUGUAUUUACAUUCGCAUUGCAUUUAAAAAUAUGGGAUUUGUGGUUAAGCGAAUGCGAGGAAUGAAACUUUGGAGGCAAAAGCAGAGGGGCACCCUUACCGCAGAUUGUUGCAAUGAGGACUAUCAACUUUCUCGAUAUGGCUGACGAAUAAUAUACGAAAUUUGAAACACGCUUGAUAACGUUUUGCUUUGAAUUCUUGAGACGAAAGGAAUUUCAUAUGCACAGAACACUAAGUGAUUGUCUAAGAUAUUUCUCAAAUUGCCCAAUUCCUGCGUAAGCGAUAAAAUCUUACUUAUAGUUGUCUUGUAUGUUGUUUUCUUUUCUCGCUAAUCCUUGUUGCACCCUAGUGUCCUUUUCUAAAAGGGCACAUAAUGAAAUGAACUAAGUUUCUUUGCAAAAUGUUGAUCUGUGCCUUGAUUGAAGCUCUUGACGCGCCCAUAACAUACACAUACUACGCAUAAAGUUGCCUCUACUGUUAUUAUUUUAAUAUUAAAAGCCUGCAUAUCUCUUUAUAAACAUGAUGAAAAGACUGUACGACAAGUGUCGCGGCAUAACCUUAAAAACAACAAAUUAACAAUUUGCAUUCUCGACGUAAAUAUUCGACUCAUUAACUUACGCAAAUAAUUUCGUAUUUUAUCUCUAACUCAAUAACUCAGUUUCUAAUAAAAUUU